UGGAGAAGUCAGAACAAGACAGAGCGAGGGGAGUGGUGCUGGUGUGUCGCUGCUCAUUGUAAACAGUUUUUGCCUCCUGUCCAGAGACAGACAUUCCGGCGAGACGUAAGACCAGCGAUCAAGUGGUACCAUGAAGGGAUUGGACAUCCUACGUGUGCUGUGGGUCACCAAAACUUUGACCUCACUUUUAUGUGGUGCUCAGAUCACCACUGUCAUUCUACCUGGCCCUUUGAAUCAGACUUCACAGGAAGGAAAUUCAACUGCUAGCCAUGUGACUGCGCCCUUUGAUCUAUCGCCAAACGUCACGUCUGAGUCCACACCUCUCACCACCUCCUCUGCUGAGGUCAACACGGUGUAUAAAGGUCAGACAACACAGAGUACCUCCGGGAGGACCACCGACUGCAGUGCACCCAGCCAAAGCUCUUACAGACAGCAGUGUCUCCCGUUGCUGAUGCUCAACGGCGGACUGAUCCUCGCCACUGUCAUCCUGCUCAUCUCCACUGUACUGCUGACAUGGAAGGUCUGCCAUCUGAACCGUCGCAUCAAGACUCUGAGCAGCGACGCAGACCUGAUCAGCAACUGUGAGUACUGGAUGGGAUCUUCCCAACGGCGAAAACACAAGACGGCAGCUGUAGCUACAGACAACGUCCUCUUACUGGAUCAGUUCAGGCAGCCACAGGAGGAAGUGAGCAAUGAUGUCGUCAAAGAAGAAAAUGUACCAGAGGUAGAGCAGAAGAGGGAGCAGAAGAAGGAGAGUGAUGAAGCAUCAGCAACCCCAGACGAGAAGGAAGAUAUCGUAACCGAGACUGAAAAAACGGACACCAAACUUCCAGAGGUUGCAACUUCCCAAUCUGCCAACGCCACAGCCCCCACUUCUGCUGAGGGGGAGAAGAAUGUAGCGUAGACUGGUGUGUGCGUGGGCGUGAGUGUGUGUCCUCACUGGAGUUUCACAACCUCUUUUGAUACUUUCGCUAGUUCCAGCUUACGGUAAAUUGAACAUCUGCUCAUGUGGGCGGCAAACCAGCCUUUUUCAUGUAAAACAUGGACGCUUGUGGUCGUGCAAACCU